AUGGCGACCGUGGUGGUGGAAGCGGAGCCGGACCCGUCUUGUAGCAUCCCCAACCCCGCGUCCCCCUCGCCCAGCCUCUCGCACCGCUUCCUCGACAGCAAAUUCUACCUGCUGGUGGUCAUCGGCGAGCUCGUGACCGAGGAGCACCUGAGGCGAGCCAUCGGCAACAUCGAGCGAGGAAUCCGAUCAUGGGACACAAAUCUGAUUGAAUGCAACUUAGACCAAGAACUGAAACUUUUUGUGUCUCGCCAUUCAGCUCGGUUUUCUCCUGAAGUUCGAGGUCAGAAAAUCCUUCACCACAGAAGUGAUGUCUUAGAAACAGUAGUCCUGAUUAACCCUUCAGAUGAAGCAGUUAGUACUGAGGUGCGCUUAAUGAUCACAGAUGCUGCAAGACACAAGCUUCUUGUACUAACUGGCCAGUGCUUUGAAAACACAGGAGAGCUCAUUCUCCAGUCAGGAUCUUUCUCGUUCCAGAACUUCAUUGAGAUCUUCACUGACCAAGAGAUUGGUGAAUUAUUGAGUACUACACACCCUGCCAACAAAGCCAGUUUAACUCUGUUUUGCCCUGAGGAAGGGGAUUGGAAAAAUUCAAACCUUGACAGACAUAAUCUUCAAGACUUCAUCAACAUUAAACUCAACUCAGCAUCCAUAUUGCCUGAAAUGGAAGGACUUUCUGAAUUCACAGAGUAUCUGUCAGAAUCAGUAGAAGUGCCAUCACCCUUUGACAUUUUGGAACCGCCAACAUCUGGAGGUUUCUUGAAACUCUCAAAACCCUGCUGUUAUAUUUUCCCAGGUGGAAGAGGGGACUCUGCAUUGUUUGCAGUGAAUGGAUUCAAUAUGCUUAUUAAUGGGGGAUCUGAAAGAAAAUCUUGCUUCUGGAAACUUAUCCGACAUUUAGACAGAGUGGAUUCCAUUCUGCUCACCCACAUUGGGGAUGAUAAUCUACCAGGAAUCAAUAGCAUGCUUCAACGAAAGAUAGCUGAGUUAGAAGAGGAACAGUCACAAGGUUCUACUACCAACAGUGACUGGAUGAAAAAUCUGAUCUCACCUGAUUUAGGAGUUGUAUUCCUCAAUGUUCCUGAAAAUCUGAAAAACCCUGAUCCUAAUUUUAGGGUAAAAAGAAGCAUAGAAGAAGCUUGUUUCACUCUCCAGUAUUUAAAUAAGUUGUCUAUGAAACCAGAACCUCUCUUUAGAAGCAUAGGAAAUACCAUUGACCCUAUCAUUUUAUUUCAAAAAAUGGGAGUAGGCAAACUUGAAAUGUAUGUGCUCAAUCCAGUCAAAAACAGCAAAGAGAUGCAGUAUUUUAUGCAGCAGUGGACUAGUACAAGUAAAGAUAAAGCUGAAUUAUUGCUGCCAAAUGGUCAGGAAGUAGAUAUUCCAGUAUCCUAUUUGACCUCAGUCUCAUCACUGAUCGUAUGGCAUCCAGCAAAUCCUGCAGAAAAAAUAAUCAGAGUUUUGUUUCCAGGAAACAGUACCCAGUAUAACAUACUAGAAGGACUGGAAAAACUCAAACAUUUAGAUUUCCUUAAACAACCAAUGGUUACACAGAAAGACCUUACUGGUAACAUACCUAGCCCAGCAGUGAAACAAGCAAAGCUGAAACAGCGAGCGGACAGCAAGGAAAGUCUCAAACCUGCCACAAAGACACUAUCAACCAAGACUGUCAGAAAAGAAUCUAAAGAAGAAGCAUCUGAACCAGCAAAGCCUAGUCCUCCAGAAAAGCCUCAGAAAGUAGAAAGCAAGGAAAAGACUACAGUAAAAAAGGAAAAACCAGCAAAAGCAGAGACAAAAUCUUCAGUAACAGAAAAAGAUAUGACAGCUAAGGAGGAGCAGCUAGUGAAAUCCGAAAUUGCUGAAAAACAAGCAGCAGAUGUCAAACCAAAAGUUGCAAAAGAGAAGCAUGUGAAAAAGGAAGCGAAAGUAAAAUCUGAAGAAAAGAGAGAGGAAAAAGAAAAACCAAAGAAAGAGGUUUCUAAGAAAGAGGAGAAAACACCUACCAAGAAAGAGGAAAAACCUAAAAAGGAAGAAAUCAAGAAAGAAGCGAAAAAGGAAGUGAAAAAGGAAGAGAGAAAAGAGUCUAAAAAAGAAUUAAAAAAAGAAACUCCCCAAAAGGAAGCGAAAAAGGAAGCUAAAAAAGAAGAGAAAAAGGAAAUUAAAAAGGAAGAAAAAGAAUCCAAAAAAGACACCAAAAAGCUUCCAAAAGAAACAAAGAAAACACUUGCUCCUUCAACUGAAGCCCGAAAGCCUGUGACAAAACCUAAAGCACAAAAGAAAGAGGAAUCUGUUAAAAAGGAAGCUGGGCCUGUUGGAAAACCAAAGGAAAAAGGCAAAAUUAAGACGGUAAAGAAAGAGAGCAAGGUCAAUGAAACACAAGCUGCUGUGGCUGCAGUGGGAGCGGUUGCCGCAGCAGCAGCAGCUGCUGGAGUAGUAGCUAAUGGAAAAGAGCUUGAAGCUGAGAGAUCCCUUAUGUCUUCACCAGAGGAUUUAACAAAAGACUUUGAAGAAUUAAAGGCUGAAGAAGUAGAAAUAGUAAAGGAAACAAAGCCUCAGGUAGGGUUAAUAGAAGGUGAAGGGAAACUAGCUGACUCAGAACAAAAGGAAGCACAUGAAAUCCAGAAAGAAAAAGUAGAUACUGAAGGACCUGCUGACUCUCCUGAUGAAGGCAUAACGACCACUGAAGCUGAGGGUGAAUGUGAACAGACACCUGAAGAGCUGGAGCCUGUAGAAAAGCACAGGGUUGAUGACAAUGAAAAAUUUGAAGAUGAAGGAACUGGUUUUGAGGAAUCAUCUGAAGCAGGUGAUUAUGAAGAAAAGGCAGAGACUGAGGAGGCUGAGGAACAAGAUGAAGAUGAGGAAGAAAAAGCAACACUGGGCAUCACAAAACGGGAUAUUGGCGUGGCAAGAGAAAUGGGAGAGACUGAAGCUGAUAAACAUGCUAAAACUAAAGAUAAAUAUGUUGAAAAGGCAGAAUCUGAGGCAGGGGAUGAGCGAGCUGAAGAAGAUAUGGAAGAGACAGUUGAAAAGGCAGAAACUGAAGAAGAAGCUGAGGAGGAAGACAAAAUGGAGGAUGUCAGAGAUGAAGAAGCGGAAACUGAAAAAGUUGAAGCUGAAGAAGAUUAUGUUAUGGCUGUGGUAGACAAAGCUGCAGAGGCUGGUGAAGUUGAAGAUAAAUAUGGCUUACUCAUAAUCACACCAACUAAACACUCUGAACCUCAGUCCCCAGCUGUUGAACCAGCAUCUUCUAUUCAUGAUGAGACUUUACCUGGGGGUUCAGAAAGUGAAGCAACUGUUUCUGAUGAAGAAAAUAGAGAAGACCAACAUGAGGAAUUCACUGCUACUUCAGGUUAUACUCAGUCUACCAUUGAAAUUUCUAGUGAGCCAACACCAAUGGAUGAAAUGUCAACUCCUCGGGAUAUCAUGAGUGAUGAAACGAACAACGAAGAAAGUGAAUCACCUUCUCAAGAAUUUGUAAACAUUACUAAGUAUGAGACAUCACUGUAUUCUCAAGAAUAUACUAGACCUAAACUCUCUCCGCUUCAUGAUGCUUUCAAUGGUUUAUCUGAAGGAUCAAAAACAGAUGCCACAGAAGGUAAAGAUUAUAAUGCUUCAGCUUCUACUCUCUCACCCCCUUCUUCAUUAGAGGAAGACAGAUUCUGCAAAUCUUCCUUUCAAGAAAUGUACCAUCAAAGAGAAAAUGAAAUCAAAAGUACUGUUAAAUUACAAAUCAAAGAUACCUUUUCACAGGCAUUUAAUGAAAAGCAUAGCUCCGCUAAGAGUCCAGUUCAGAGUCCAUCACCUCUGUCACCAGUUGCUAAAACACCACUAAGUGAACGUAGUGUGAACUUUUCCCUGACUCCCAAUGAGAUUAAGGCAUCAAUUGAACCUGUAGUGCUCACUGCAUUGCCUGACGAACAUCCAGAAGUUAUUGAAGAGCACUGUGUCAGCCCUGAUGAUAAAACAUUAGAAGUGGCGUCUCCUGCACAAUCUGUUGCUGGUAGUGCAGGCCACACACCUUAUUAUCAGUCUCCCACUGAUGAAAAGACCAGCCGACUUCCUUCUGAACUCAUUGAAAAGGCAGCAGAGGCUCCGGUUAGUUUUGAAUUUAGUGAUGCCAAAGAUGAGACUGCAAAACCCAGGAUAAGCCCUAUGGAUGAGCCUGUGCCAGACUCAGAAUCGCCUAUUGAAAAAGUUCUCUCUCCUUUACGAAGUCCACCUUUGAUAGGUUCAGAGUCUUCAUAUGAUACAUUUUUGACUGCCGAUGUAAAGUCAACUGCCAGACUGACUGAGAGUCAUUUUGAGGAGAAAAGUGAAAAAGAAGAGUCCCCUGUUCAGAUAAGCCCAGUUUCUGAAGUCACCUCUGUGGAUCUUUUCCAAGGACAGCAAGAUGAAAAAAGUAUGGCAUUUAUGCCAGCUAAAGGUUUUGGUCUAGAAAAGAAUAUGGAGGAUAUUGAAGCUACCAGUUCUCAGUCUCCACUGGUUUUGGAUGAAAGGAAGCUAGCAGGAGAUGUCUCUCCUACACAAAUAGAUGUUAGCCAGUUUGGAUCCUUUAAAGAAGACACCAAAAUGUCAAUAUCUGAAGGUACAGUCUCUGACAAAUCUGCAACUCCUGUUGAUGACGUUGUAGCAGAAGACACAUAUUCACAUAUAGAAGGAGUUGCUUCUGUCUCCACAGCCUCUGUUGCUACUAGUUCAUUUCCAGAGCCAACUACGGAUGAUGUUUCUCCUUCUUUACAUGCUGAGGUUGGAUCACCACAUUCUACAGAAGUUGAUGAUUCUCUUUCUGUAUCUGUUGUACAAACACCAACAAUUUUUCAGGAAACAGAAAUGUCUCCAUCUAAAGAAGAAUGUCCGAGACCCAUGUCAAUUUCUCCACCAGAUUUUUCACCUAAAACUGCAAAAUCAAGAACACCAGUGCAAGAGCACAGAUCUCCUGAGCGGUCAACUAUGUCAGUAGAAUUCAGUCAGGAGUCCCCUGAGCAGUCUUUGGCAAUGGACUUUAGUAGACAAUCUCCAGAACAUCCCACAGUAGGCACUAGCGUACACCAUAUAUCUGAAAAUGGACCAACUGAAGUAGAUUAUAGCCCUUCAGAGAUACAGGAACCUACUUUUUCACAUAAGAUAUCACCUGUGGAGCAGACAUGUUAUACUCAAGAAAAAGAUCUUUCAGAGAUUAUUUCAGUAUCUCAGAUUGAAGCUUCACCCUCAACUUCAUCAGAACAUACACCUUCACAGAUAGCUUCUCCACUGCAAGAGGAAACACUCUCAGGUGUCAUGCCACCCAGAGAUAUGCCGCUGCAUUCUUCAUUUACCUCAGAAAAGAUGCAGAGCCUAGGAGAAAAGCUUUCACCAAAGUCUGAUUUAUCUCCUUUAACUACAAGAGAAUCCUCUCCUUUAUACUCUCCUAGUUUUUCAGAUUCACCUCCUGCGAUCAAAGAAACAACUGCUGCUUGUCACUCACCAUCACUAUCACUUCAUGUGUCCUCAGAUAAAAUAUUUGGUUACCAUACCUCAGUAACACAUGACACAAUACAAGACUCUCUAACAAAACAUAGUCCAGAGCCUUUAGCCUCCACAGAAAAAGAUGAAGCUGAAAAAAUCACCAGGUCAGCUGAGGCCAUUAGUUACUCCUAUGAGACAACUGGGAAAACCACCAAGUCACCUGAAGCUCUUAGUUAUUCCUAUGAGACAACUGGGAAAAUCACUAGAUCACCAGAGGCCAUUAGUUAUUCCUAUGAGACAACUGGGAAAAUCACUAGAUCACCAGAGGCUGUUAGUUAUUCCUGUGAGACAACUGGGAAAACCACCAAGUCCCCUGAAGCUCCUAGUUAUUCCUAUGGGGCAGCAGAGAAAACCACUAGAUCACCAGAUGCCAUUAGUUACUCCUAUGAGACAACAGAAAAAACCAUCAGGUCACCUGCAGCCAUGGAUUAUUUUUAUGAGAGAACUGGAAAAACCACCAGGUCACCUGAGGCUAGUAGUUACUCCUACGAGCCAACAGAGAAAACCACCAGGUCACCUGAAGCCAUGGAUUAUUCCUGUGAGAGAACUGGGAAAACCACCAGGUCACCUGAAGUCGUAGAAUACUCCUAUGAACCAACAGAGAAAACCACCAGGACACCUGAAGCUGUGGAAUACUCCUAUGAGAGAACUGGGAAAACCACCAGGUCACCUGAGGCUGUAAGUUACUCCUAUGAGCCAACAGAGAAAACCACCAGGUCACCUGAAGCCAUGGAUUACUCCUUUGAAACAACUGGGAAAUCAACGAGAUCACCUGAGGUUGUUGGUUUUGCCUAUGAGACACCUGGGAAAACCACGAGGUCACCUGAGGCUGUUAGUUACUCCUAUAAGACAGACGUACAUUUUGCUGCAGAAAAAUCAUCUCUAGCAGAAACCCGUCAAGAUGUCGAUUUAUGCCUUGUGUCUUCCUGUGAAUACAAGCAUCCCAAAACUGAACUUUCACCCUCAUUUAUCAACCCGAAUCCCCUGGAGUGGUUUGCAAGUGAAGAACAGUCUCAAGAACAAGAAAAGCCAUUAACCCAGUCUGGAGGAGCCCAGCCACCUUCAGGAGGAAAACAGCAAGCACGCCAGUGUGACGAAACUCCUCCCACCUCAGUAAGCGAGUCUGCUCCGUCUCAGACUGAUUCAGAUGUUCCCCCAGAGACUGAAGAAUGCCCUUCUAUUACUGCAGACGCUAACAUUGACUCAGAAGAUGAAUCUGAAACCAUUCCAACUGAUAAAACAAUUACAUACAAACAUAUUGACCCUCCACCAGUCCCAAUGCAAGACCGAAGUCCUUCACCCCGGCACCCAGAUGUCUCAAUGGUAGACCCAGAAGCUUUGCCUGUUGAUCAGAACUUAGGCAAACCUUUGAAGAAAGAUCUGAAAGAAAAGACAAAAACUAAAAAGCAGGGUACUAAGACCAAGUCUUCCUCACCUGCCAAAAAAAGUGAUGGUAAAUCAAAGCAGGUGGCUUCACCAAAGCCAGGUGGCUUAAAGGAAUCUUUAGACAAAGUUUCCAGAACAGCUUCUCCAAAGAAGAAAGAGUCUGUGGAGAAAGCAGCAAAAAAUAUCUCUAUUCCAGAAGUAAAAUCUUCCCGUGUUGAGGAAAAAGAUAAGGAGGCCAAGAAUGCAACAAAUUCCACAACAUCAAAGUCUGCAAAGACUGCAACUUCAGGAUCUGGAAAUAGCAAACCAGCAAAAUCCACAGCUGUGCCUCCAGGACCUCCAGUGUACUUUGACCUGGUAUAUAUUCCCAACCACAGUAAUAGCAAGAAUGUCGAUGUAGAGUUUUUCAAGAGGGUGAGGUCAUCCUACUACGUGGUGAGUGGGAAUGAUCCUGCAGCUGAAGAACCAAGCAGGGCUGUUCUGGACUCCCUGCUGGAGGGCAAGGCUCAGUGGGGAAGUAACAUGCAGGUGACCUUAAUCCCAACCCAUGAUUCAGAAGUGAUGAGGGAAUGGUACCAAGAGACCCAUGAGAAACAGCAGGACCUCAACAUCAUGGUUUUGGCAAGCAGCAGCACUGUUGUUAUGCAAGAUGAAUCUUUCCCUGCAUGCAAGAUUGAACUGUAGAAACAAGGCCAUACACCACAACAUUAAACUUUAUUUCCAGAAAUUCUUCAGUUUGAAAAUACCUUUUCUAAAAAUUCAACCCAUCUAAUUCAACUGCUGAACUAUAUACCUGCCAAAUGCUAUACUGUGUCACGGUGAUGCAAGUCACUAAUAUUUUUCAGUCUUUGCUGAUUGCUAAGGGAAAUAACGGUAUUCCCAAAGUAGGGUUCAGAUUACUGCAAAAUUACAGAUCCUGGUUCAUCUCCGCUGAACAUUUGGAAACCAUGCACUAGCAAACCCAACUGACUUCUGCCAGGUAGAGGCAUUUGCCCUCGAAAGAAACACAAAGAGAGAGAGAGAGAAAUAGAGAGAGGGGUAGGAGGAGAAAGUAUAAAUAAUUGGGUCUGCAUUAGUCUCACGGCAAUAGAUGUAUUGCUUACUGCAGUCUGCUUAUGCUCUCACAUGAAAAGAAAGUUUUAAAUUUGUAUCAGUCUGAGUUAUAGGAUAGGGGGCCUUAGUUUACAAAAUUAUGUGAACUAAUAAUAAAAGGAAACUGAAUGUGGCUUUGAAGGGACAUAAGAUCUAAACACUCAUUAUCCAUUAACUAAUUUGAACUCUGCAUACUAACAUAACAUAAUUAUCAUAGACUAAAUAUGCAAGUAGUUUGAACCCCAUUCAGAACUCUAAAACUUUUCUUUUAACAUGCAAAUAUGUUGGUCUAAGGCAUGCUCCCGGUGAAUAUCUAUUUAGUCCACUCAGAAUCGACAAACCUGCAUGCUUAAACACCUAAGUCAACAGCCAAUUUACUGAAGCAAAAUACCAAAGCAGUUGGGGAGUAUAUACAGUAGACAAAUUGCCUUAGAAAGUGACUUGAAUGUACAAAGAUACUUAAUGCACUUAUUUUUUAAUGUGAGACAGCAAGUUUAUAAAACAUCUGUUUAGGAUUAUAGUUACACCAGUAAAGAAGUGUGAGUGUGCAUGUGUGGUACUAGAAGCCUAUCUGAUUGGUCAAACAGCUUGGUACUAUGAAUUAUGUAUGUUGGCUGAACACUUCAUUGAUACACCUGGACAGCUCAACAAAACAAGACAAGCAUUUUUGAAAGCUGCUUUUGUACUGCGGAAGCAAGAUUGAAGUGGUGUCCACUAUCAGAAAUGCAAAACUUAGUGAAACACAGUAUAUUGAAAAAGGUUCUCAGCAAGUCUGUACAGUAUUUUACCUUCCUUUGUCUUAUGUUAUUUUAUUUGUUAAUUUAAGAGUGAAUAUGGGAACAAAUGUAUAGAAGAAUUUUUUUUAGCUCUGUGUGAACUUUUAAUAGAUGACUUUUUAACAAACGUUUUUGUUUACAGGAAAAUGCAAAGAAAAAAAAUUCAGGUGAAGGCAAUUUUUUUUAAUAGUUUUGUAAGAAAUACAUAAUGUUGUUUGAGGUUCUGGUGAGAAUGAAGUAUGAUAUUGCAGUAACAUAUUUAUUGAAAACAUUUAACUGCCAAGAAUUUUUGGGGAAAAUCCCUAAUGAUUAAAUUAAUCUAUUAGUGCUCACAAAAAAUAGGAGCUGAAAUGCCAGUUGACUGCUUUUUACAAAGUGGUAGUUAGACUCACAGUUCUCCCAAGAUCUUUAAAAAGAUUGAAAAAAGCAAUGAUUACCUUAAAUAAGCCAAGCAGGUUUUGUUUUGUUUUGUUUUGUUGGGGUUUUUUUUUUGUUUUUUGGGGGGUGGGGGGAGAGGGGUGUUGGUUUUCUUUGUGUGUGUGUGUGUGUGUUUGUUUUUUCUGUAAAGUGUUCCCAGUGUCUACAGAUCAUUUCCAAAAGUACAGCAUACAGAUCAGUUCCACUAUUAAAGAGAGUUU